GCGAGGCAACUUGCGGGACUCCCUUGUUGCUGCCGAACAUGGGCCGCCGACGUUGUUGCUUCCACUUGGGAAGCCGAGCGACGACGUUAGCCUAAAAAAACAAAAACAAAAAAAAAACAAAAAAAAAAACAAAACAAAAAAACAAGAGAAAGAAACCAAAGAAAAGAAGAACAAGAAGAAAGACGGACAAAGUUUUAAACAAAGAGGAUAACACCGCGCGUGCGUGGGGAGAAACAAUCCGGACUUCUCGCAUCCGAGCGCACAAGGAGCGAAAAGUGGAACUCGCAAAGCUCUUCCAGGGACUUUGGGAAGUUUGAUGCAGGUUGAGGUCGUUGGCAUAAGGGGAGCAGUCGGCCGUCUCUGAGCUCCGAUGCCAGUGGACAUGCAGCCACACCAGGGGCUGUAUCACUAUGACACCUUGCCCUCCAGAGGCUUACUGCCAGCGGACCAGUCUCCGUACAGCGAUGUCCCCUCGCUGCGAGCCCCGCUCCUCAACGGCCCUCCUCAGGACUGCAGAGCCAUGUACAAUCCCACGACUCCCGGUAUGGGUCACGGAUCGGGACCGGCCCAGAGCAUCGGUCACUGCUUGGAUCCAUACAUGAGGCCUCCCCAGGCCCCGCCACCCCUCGGCACGAUGGGCCAUCGGAGCAUGGCGCCCACGGAAGGCAACAGCGCCCCCUACUGUAACCAGAACAACAUGAUGUCCUCCCAUCACAACUUCUGCCAGUCGGCCUCGGAUCAGAUUGGCUCAGGUGACGGCUCGAGGUUUUCCACGCCGCGCUCCAUCCUGAAGCUGAGUAAAAAGCGAGCGUUGUCCAUCUCACCGCUCUCUGACCCCAGCGUGGACCUGCAGACGGUCAUCCGAACGUCGCCCAACUCCCUGGUGGCCUUCGUCAACGCUCGCUGCACGCCCAACGGGGCCGGCUCGUACGGCCAUCUGUCCGUCAGCGCCAUGAGUCCAUCAAUGGGCUAUUCUGGCAACAUGAACUGCCAAUCCAGACCUCAGGGCUCCAUGUACGCAGGAGUAGGCGGGGGAACACCUCACGCAUCGGGCCCGUGCCAGGCGUCCCGACUCCCCGCCCACAACCCUCGUCUCCACGCGCCGCCCAAACACGGACAACUAAAGACCGAGCCCGGGUUGGGAGUGGUGAUGGAUGGCAUGAAUGUGAAGAGCCUGGAGGAGAGGUCUGAGGGAGAUGUGGCCAGCCCUUCCUCCACCGGUACUCAGGACCCUCUCUUAGGUCUCCUGGACGGCCGAGACGACUUGGACAAGGAGGACGGCAAGCCCGAACCGGAGGCCGUCUACGAAACCAACUGCCACUGGGAGAGCUGUAACAAGGAGUUUGACACGCAGGACCAACUCGUUCACCACAUCAACAAUGAGCACAUCCACGGCGAGAAGAAGGAGUUCGUGUGCCACUGGCAGGAGUGUUCUCGCGAGCAGCGGCCAUUCAAGGCCCAGUACAUGCUGGUGGUCCACAUGCGCAGGCACACUGGGGAGAAGCCGCACAAGUGCACUUUUGAAGGCUGUAACAAAGCAUACUCCCGUCUGGAAAACCUAAAGACGCACCUGCGCUCUCACACUGGGGAGAAACCCUACGUGUGUGAACACGAGGGCUGCAACAAGGCCUUCUCAAACGCCUCAGAUCGGGCUAAACACCAGAACAGAACCCACUCCAAUGAGAAACCCUACGUUUGCAAGAUUCCCGGCUGUACCAAACGGUACACAGACCCGAGCUCGUUACGUAAACACGUGAAGACGGUGCACGGCCCCGAAGCCCACAUCACCAAGAAGCACCGAGGCGACACGGGACCGAGGCAGCCCGGCUCAGCCAUAACCCCCGGAGGUCCGGGCGCCGAAUUGCUGCUGGAAAAGGAGGAGAAACGCCGGGAGGACUGCAAACUGAUGGCUCCUGAUACCACUCUGAAAUCUCAGCCAAGCCCUGGCGGCCAGUCGUCGUGCAGCAGCGAACGCUCCCCGCUGGGCAGCACCAACAACAACGACAGCGGUGUGGAGAUGAACCUGAACGCGGCAGGCAGCCUGGAAGACCUCACAGCCCUGGAGGACGGCGGAACGGCCGGGGGAGGCGGAGGGGAACCGGGAAGCACGGCAGCGACGAUGGGAAUGUCGGCGCAGGCUCUCAAGAGGCUGGAGAACCUCAAGAUUGACAAGCUGAAGCAAAUCCGCCGACCGACGCCCCCUAGCCGUUGCCUCCCCAACAAGCUACCCGUGCUUCCUUGUUCGGGUGAUACUAUGGGAAUGUGCACCCCAUCUCCACUCUCAAAUCGGCGUGUCAUGGAGCUAUCCAACCAUGAGCUCGGAGGCGGGACUUCCAUCGGUGCCAAUGCCAACGACCGGAGAGGAAGCGGGACGAGCAGCCUGAGUUCCGCCUACACCGUCAGCCGCCGCUCCUCCAUGGCGUCACCCUACUUGUCCAGCCGCCGCUCCAGUGACGUCUCUCAGAUGGGGGCAGCAGCUGGGGGUGGGUGCCACCUUCUGGGCCAAGAUCAGAGCGGUGGGGAUCCCCUCUCUCCCAAGACCAGUCGUAGGGAAGUUCCCUGUCCAGGAAGUGGCGGGCUGCCAGCUCUUUCGAAUCUGACUCCGGCGCAGCAGUACAGUCUAAAAGCUAAGUAUGCCGCCGCCACUGGUGGCCCACCACCUACUCCCUUACCCGGUAUGGAUCAGCCAGCCACUCCCGGCAGAAGAGGUGUUUUGGGCGAUUACCAGGGUCAACCUCUGCCUCCUUUCCUUCAGCAAGGUGGUCCACGUCGGCACAGUACCAACACAGAGUACGGCACAGGCGUGAUCUACCCUCACCAGGCUCCUGGCAACGCCAAUAGGAGAGCUAGCGAUCCGGUAAGAUCAGCAGCAGCAAACCCCCUAGCCCUCCCGAAACGGUUCAACAGCCUCAAUAAUGUGUCUAUGAUGGGCCGGAGAAAUGCCCUGCAACACCAAGACCACCGCAGCACCAGCAUCACUCGCCACAUGUAUUCCCCUCGGCCCCCUAGCAUUACAGAGAAUGUCAUGAUGGAGUCCAUGGGUAUGGAGCCCCAGCUACCCCCUUUGGAUGUCAGAGACCGUUCCAUGAUGAUCCCACCUGGCGAACGGGGCUUUAUGGGGUACCAGCAGCAGCAGACGCUUGGAGGAGGUGGCGGACCACUUUCAAAUCAAGUAUCUCCAAGCCAUGACCCCCUGGGCUGCCCAGACCAAAGUUACUUGAAAGGGAAUUACCAGAACCAAGGAGGGGAAGUUACUCCCAGGGUUGGUGGAAAUCCAAUGGGUCAACCAAGGCCUGUUCACAGAGAGGGUAUGUCUAGUACACUUCUUCAACAGGCCGAGUUCAGUAUGAGCAACUGUCAGCUCAGCCCGUCAGGCCACCAUUACCCGACCUUGGGACAGAGGGGCGAGGCUGGAACUGGUCAAUGGCGUGACGGUCACAACCAGAUCCAAAGUUCUCUCCAGGACCAACGCAGCUUGCAAUAUUCAGAAGCAACUAUGCAGCCUCAACAGACACAAGUCCACUUCAACAAUCAGAGGGCUCUUUACAACAAUCCAGACGGCGUACAUAAACUCACCAUUAAGCCUGAGCAGCAGUUCCACCCCGGCAUGGGAAGUGCUGAUGCCUGUCAAAGUGCUAAGCUACAGCAGCAGCAGCAGCUACUCCUCCAGCAGGUUCAGGGUUAUACCCCACAGACAGGGAGUCGAGCUAUGAUGAGGAACUCAAACAGCAUGAGCUGUGACUUUCAAGGACAGACCCAGAACUCCUUCCCCAAUGGUGGGAGCUUGAGUUUGGCUUGCACUGGUACCUCUCUUUCUGAGGGCCAGAGGCCCGAAACCCCCAUGAUACAGGUAAAGGAGAUGAUGGUGAGGAAUUAUGUGCAGUCCCAACAAGCGCUCAUGUGGGAGCAAUCACAAGAACAGCAGCAGAGCCCAAUAAAACCACCUCCACUUUCAGACAACAUGGAUCUGGCUGGCCAGGCCUCGAUGAUGCAACAUAGUCCUCAGCACCAAAACCAUAACAUGUACUCAAACCAUUCAUACGCUUCCUACCCCAACCACAACCUUGUCAUAAGCCCUCCGACACACAGCCGAGGUUCCAGCUCGGCCGCACCUAAAGAGCGGCAGAUGAUGGGGCUCCAAGGCUCUUGCUACGGCCAGGAGAUGGUGGUCCCAAGGCCUCCUCCUCAAGGACGGAAACCUUUGAGUCGCCAGAACAGCUUGUCACAAGUCGGAGGAGGCUACAUGGGAAGUCCACAACAGCUCAGCCCUGCCCACUCCACUUCCAGCCCGAGAAGAGCCGUCCGGUUGCCUCCAGUCCAGCACCCGCAGCAACCACAGCAUGAAAUAUUCUCCCCUUCCAAUAAUAAUGUUUACUACUCCGGUAAUAUCCAUAUGGACAUGGUGAAACACAUGGAUACCCAGAAUGGGCAUCGUCUCCCACAACAACACAGCAUGGGAGCCAACCUAGAGCCAACAGCUGGUACAAAAUCCGCUCCCAUGGCUCCCUAUACUGAUUCCGGCCCCAUCCCCAACGCCUUAGAAAACCUGGACCUGGACAACGCUCGCAUAGACUUCACUUCGAUCAUUGACGACGCCGAGCCCUCUUCCUUUAGUCCGCUUAACCAUCCUAAUCAGGGUGAGCCGGGGUCUUCCUCGCAGACAUCGUCACGUCUCACCACCCCGCAGACCUCUGUCACCCUGUCCAACAUGGCGGUGGGUGACAUGACAUCCAUGCUCACCUCGCUGGCUGGGGAGAAUAAGUACCUAAACACUUUGUCGUAGAAGACGACAUCAGGACAACAAUCAAAGAACCUUGUUUUUAUGUUGCCCAAUAGAAACAUCUCACCAGCACAUACUAGUCCAGUUCGGGGAAAAAUGCUUUUUUUUCCCAGUUUUGUUUCAUGGAUUAUUCAUCAAGGACAAGGCCUUAAUUCUUCUAAUUAUGUUUCUCAUAAAGGAAGGACAUGGGACUGACAAAGAUUAUUUUACCAACUGGAUACCUUUGCUACACAGACAAUAAUACGGACUUGUACGACAAUCCACGCUAUCAAAACUUUCAAACCAAAGGUGCCUAUUUGCUCCCUUGCUGCCUUUCUAUGGAAGUAUGUCCGAGCAGUCUUGAGUUUGAAUUUCACAGUUAAAAUUGGAAUUUCUCUGGGUUGCAAUUUUAAUUUUUGAGAUUGAAUUUGAAUAUAGAUUUUUUUUUUUUUUCUUUUCCAAUUUAGCAUAAAAGAAUUUGGCAUCUCAACAUUGCUGCUGAAUUUUUUGAGAUGGAGAAUUUUUUUUACAAUUAAAAAAUGUAUCCAAAAAAAAAAUUGCGUCUCAAUUUAAUUUCAAAUUCAGAAAUUCUAAUUCAAAAUCAGAUGGCACAUAUAUUGUUCAAUUCCUCUCUCCUUUUCAGUGUUGGAAACAGAGCUGUUUGGAUUUUCUUUUUCCCCCCAAAAAUGGGGCAUUCCAGUGGCAACCAGAAGGAUGCGAUGUACAUAACUUAUACAUACAUUUAUGCUGUAAUAUGUUGUGUAUAUGGUAAUAAGACGGCGGGCAAAUCUUU